AUGGGAACAGCCACCUCCUGUGUACCAAAGUGUCCCAAUUUGAGGGAGGUCCUCCAGUCCCAGGCCAAGGCCGAAAAAGCCUUGGGCCUGGUUGAGGACAGCCAGACAUUUUUCGGGCCGGGGACAACCAAUGCUACUUCUGUCAUGGAAGCUUAUACCGGUCUGGUUGUGCUUUGCAGUAAUAUCACCUCCCUGCCAGGCGAUCUAGCACCUCUUCCUGAGCAGGUGAAUGCCCUCUGUCUAUCAGGAAGCAUUGAUGCCUUAUAUGAAGGAGCAUUCUUGCCCUUUCCAGAACUUCGUUACUUGAGCAUCACCGUAAACGUGUCCGUCAUCUCACCCAGGGCUUUCCUAGGCCUGGACAAGCUACAGCACCUAUCAAUCCACCACUCUGAUGUAGGCUGCUCCAAUAUCUCCAUCCCCACUGAGGUCUUCCAACCACUACACCAGCUGCAGAUGUUGGAUAUGAAGGGCAUCCAUCUGACAGGACAGAGAGAGGUGGUGCUUCCCAGUCAACUGCAGUCACUCUCCGUUUCUAGCUGGUCUUUGCAGCAUUUUUCUGAGCUGUUCAGUAUCUUCCCAUCAUUGAGGUCCGUGCCUCAGGUGACAGUGAAUAACUGUGAGAUGGAGAGGAUGUCUUGUACUUUGUCUUCAAAGCAACAUCGUAACCACCCCAUCCUUGCUGUCUCACCCUCUGGGCCUCAGGAGGUGAGAAUGAAUCCCGAAGCUCCGAAUGGACGACUUCUUCAGUCCCUCAGCUUGAGCCAGCUCUGUCUGGCUUUUAGUGAGCUCUUGGCCUUGGAAAUAGAAGAACUGGACUCCCUCUCUCUGGAGGAGAUCAACCUACCGAAUGGGAGCCAGGCUUGCUCCAUCUGUGUCCUUGCCGCCCGUUUCUCCCUACAUUCGCUGAUAUUCUCCUGGAAUUAUCACACAAGCUUUUCUGGCGAAGAGCUUUCAGGCUGCCAUUCUUUGAAGAAUUUGGUGCUUGAAGGGAACAAAUUGGAGCAUUUGGAUUCUUUACUUCUAUCUAAGCUACCACAAUUGCUGUCCUUGGAUCUUUCAGAAAACCGUUUGCAUUGGGAUCUUUGUCCAGCAGCGUACAAGACAAUGAAUUUCACCGCCAGUCUGCAGGUUCUGGAUUUCUCUGGUAACAAUGGCACUACGCUCCCAGACUCUGCCUUCUCCUGCCUGCCAUAUUUACAAGAGCUGUCAUUCAAUAGGUGUGGCCUUAAGAAGAUUGAUCCAUUGGCCUUCUCAGGAUUCAACAACCUCAAGGUUUUGAAUCUGAAGGAGAAUCAUCAUUAUUCCCCAAAGGAGGUUCAGUACUACUUCACGGACUUGCCCUCCUUGGAAGUCCUGAAGGUGGUGAAUUCCAACAUCAGGUACAUCUCAGCUGUGUUCUUCCUCGGGAAGAGCAACCUCAGGAGCCUGGUGCUGGAGAAGGAGGACUUCCUUGCACUGAACAGUGACAUACAAGACCAGAUAGAGGAGCAUGGUCAUCCCCGCUACUUACACUUCUCCAACGUCACCUUCAGGUAUUUCCUGUUUUUGGUCUACAUGCUGAGGGCCUGGUGGAAAGGUUUGCUGGGUCACAACAAAGACCGGAGAUUUGAAUACGAUGCCUUUGUGUCCUACAGCAGCCAAGACCAGGAAUGGGUAUUGAAGCACCUGGUACCCAACCUGGAGCAGAAUGGACCACCCUUCCUGAAGCUCUGUCUGCACAACCGAGACUUUGUGGUGGGUAAGGCCAUUGUGGACAAUAUCAUGGAGAGCCUCUACAGCAGCCGCAAGACCAUCUGCCUGAUCAGCCACAAUGCCCUGGGCAGCCACUGGUGCUCUCUGGAGAUGAGCCUGGCCACGUACCGGCUCGUGGCUGAGCAAGAAGACACACUGAUCCUGUUGUUCAUGGAGCCCAUUCCCAGAAAGCAACUCUCAGCAUAUCACCGUCUGGCCAAGCUGGUGAAGAGGAAGACCUACCUAGAUUGGCCUAAGGAGCUAGCUGCCCAGGAGGCUUUCUGGGAUAAACUGAGGGACAUUUUGGGUCAGCACAAGGCAAAUGGGCAUGAGAAGAUGUAA